AUGGAGACGCUCUCGGAGAGGCUUCCUGUGUAUCUCCACUGGGCACCACUGUUCAUCCUCGGUCUGAUUUUCAUCAACUACACCAUAGGAGUUAUCAAAGCCACCAAGUCUCCUCUCUCACGGAUUCCGGGGCCAUGGUAUACAUUUCUCACAACAUUACAUCUCAACUAUGCAUUCGCAAGAGGAACGAUAUGGAAAUCCGUCGAGAAGUCCCACGCACAAUACGGCCCGAUCUUCCGCCUCGGACCGCGACAGGUUUGGAUUUCAGAUAAAGAAGCCAUCAAGGCCAUUCUUAUGACAGUUGAUCUGCCGAAGGUCACCAUGUAUGCAGAAAUAUCGAGAGAUCGGACUAGCCCUGGAUUGUUUGGGGAGAUUCGACCAGAUCCCCAUAAGCGACUUAAAAAGUUCCUGUCUCUAGCAUUCACGAUUGCGUAUGUUGAUGGUCUCGAGUUUCUGUUCUCAAAAUGUGUGGGUGACCUGAUCAAUCGAUAUGUGGAUCUGCUGUCAUGCCCCUCGCCAAAGGGCGAGAAAGCGCCGGUAGUCACGGACCUGAUGGAAGAUUUGCAUAGUCUUGCCCUUGACAUAAUGGGGGAAUGCUCCUUUGGCAACGGCUUCGGCCAGACGAACAAAAACAGGAAACUAGAACUUGAAUUUGACGAGGACAUAUGGCGAACAAUCCCAACAGCCAUCUUCAAAGGGAUGACUCGGCGAUACCAGGUAGUCAAUGAAUUUUUCGAGUUAAAGAGAGGAGUGAGCGACCUGCUAACGCAGAAUCAGUUUGUUUACAUCAAGCGCCUUAUGAGGAGACUCGGCCUAAACAUCGAAUUUGACUGGCCACGAGAGAUGAUUGCUGUAGCUACAUCCCGUGAAGUGUUUACAAUUGUGAUCAAACUAACUGACAAUGGCAUAGGCCAUAUCCGCAGUCGCAGGUCAUUGAAAAGCAACCCCGAAAGUGUCCGUCCUGACCUUCGGCAACACCUUCUCGAGAAUGGCGAAAGACCAGACCGCGGAGUCAAAAUGGAAACCAGAGAUGUCAUUGACCAAAUGUCUGAGAUAUUGAUAGCCGGAUCUGAAACGACUUCCGGAACAAUCGCUUGCUUUUUCCUCGAAUUAUUGCGGAAUCCAGAUACGAAGGAGAAACUGGUGAAAAGCCUGCCGGUCCUUCAACCAAGUGACCCAAUCAUCUCAAGCAAGACAGUCCGAACGUCUCCUGAAUACGAGUAUCUCGAAGCAUGCAUCAAAGAGGUGCUCCGACUACACCCCAUAGCGUCUGAGAUGGGUCGUCGGACUGAAAGACGGAUACUACCUUCCUGCUCAUACGAUUGUAUCUGCAUCUUAUCGCCAACUUCAUCGGGAUCCGAAAUACUGGAAUGA